GCAGCUUGGUAUGCAUAAUUGGUAUACCAUCCCCCGAAGACAGCAAGGGGGACCAUUCCGACAGUCACUCACAGGAGGACCGGUCUCUUCCAGCAUUCGGUCCUGCUCUAGGAGGUACGUCGUGUUGUGCCUCAACGAGAACAUGCGUUUGCCGCAGCUUCCCUAAAACCGGUCUGACCACGGACAAUAGCUUCUUUUCUUCUGCCUGAACCGCCGCUCGAGGCCUUCAAUAUGGGAAGGAGUCGAAAUUUGAGGUGCAUUCUUGAGCCGUUACAAUCUGGACCGAUCAUCCUAACGGACCAAACUAAGAAGACCCUCCGUCCCUGUGUUGUCGCCGAUAACCACCCUGCUUUCUGAAUGCCUCCGACCAUACAGCGACCGACCUGUGUCGUACCAUAUAAGCUCUGAUCACCCUAUCUUCUUUAAGUCUCGGUAAGCGUCCCCGUUGUUGCGCCCAGCUUUUACUUUCCCCCGUCCGAUGGACCCUGUCAAGCACAAGCUGUAGCUUUCUUCGAUUCUUCGCUCUUCGCUGCCGAGAUGGUCCGAUUUUUCAGCAUAUUCAAAUGCGCCGGUCAGAUCGGCCAUGCACAACAACUGCUCUUGUAUGCUCUAUGCAUGGAUUGGAAAGGGCUGACGUGGCCCAUGGUCGCCGAAACCCGGUUAUCAAGUCCACCAAGCCGGAAGCGAGAAUCGGCCGUCUACUUCAGAGUCCUUUGAUGUGGGAGUGUCCCGGCUCCGAUGUUGGUCCUACUGUGCCCGCAGGCCCAUUUUCCUUUCCGAGUCUUGCAGAGUCCAUGAUAAAACAUACGCGAUCAGUUGCCUUUUCCCCACCUCGUGCACAUAUCCUAGUCAUCCCUACGCUCGCUGGCCGUUCAGCGAAUACACCCGGGAGUUGACAAAUCCAGCGUUGCUCAGAAUGGCCAGAGUGGCCACAAUGGCACCAACCUGCGAAGAACCAAGAAGACAAGGAAUAUCGGGUGCACGUCAUCCCACGCGGA